GUAUAAUCUCUUCACAGAAAAAGAAACAAAACUAAUAUUAAUGUGUAAAAUAUAGUCGGCCAGUCGGUUUACUUUUAAGUUUAUCAAAUGGGAAUAGUUUCUUGUAUCUCUGUUUAGUAGGUAAAUCCCAUAAAUCUCUGUUCAAUUUAGCGGUAACCAGGUGACACGCUAAAGAAAACAAUCAGUAUCAUAGUUAUGGGAAGUGAAGAACGACCUUAUAACUCGACAUUUCCUUGUGUACGCAUUUUUAUUCAACGUGAUUAUUCAUCUGGUACAGCAGUACGAUUUCAAACUUUACCAAUGCCUUCACAACUUCGUGGUCGUAUUCCUCCUAAUCGAUUCGCUGAUGCAAUAGCUCGUUUGAAUAAAUUAUUCGAUGAAGCCGAAACCGUUAACUCUUCAGUUUGUCUAGAAAAUUUGUUUGGUUGUUUAACAGCUUAUCUUAUAUUCUUAUGCAUGAAUACACAUUAUGAUAAGGUACUACAUAAAGUGACUUUAGCCGUUGCAGAUUUAAAUGAGAAGUUAUUUUUACCGGAUGAAUUCCUUAUGAUUGAUCCAUCAGAACGUGGACUUAGAGUGAUAGAGUUAUGCAUAUUCCAUUCUCAAUGAAAAUUGUAUACAGAUCUAAAUGUGGAAGCAUUUCUGUCGCAAAAGAAUCUUCUAUUCCAAUGCAUAAUGAGUAAUAAGGAGUAACAAUUUGAUUUCAUAUCCUAAAUUUUGAAAAAUAGGAUUGUAACUUUUGCUUUUCAUUAAGUUAAUUGUAUCAUCAGUCAAAUAAGCUUUUGUAUUUGUUUCACUUGCAAACUGUAUUAUGUGCAUCAUCAUAAACCUAUAAUUUAUCAGUUGCAAUGUGUAUUAUUACCAGGCAAUACACAUGAUUUACAAACUAGAA